AUGUCUUUCAUGCUCAGUGGCCGGCAACGACUUCUCGAUGAGCAACCCCAGCAGGCAGGGCCGAUGAUCAAAGUACACGAAUGGCUUAGCAGAAUUUCACGGGAUAUUCUUGACGAGUCGGAUUAUACCCUGGCAGUCCGAACACAACUAAUCUAUCCGUCUGGUUCUCAGACGACAGUUGAUGGUCACCCACACCGAUGGCUUGUUGCUGAAGCUGUGCUUCGACUUGUUGACAACCAUUUAUACGAUCUUUCCAAUGUAUUUCCUCAUUCUAUUAGCGUCAUUCGCCGAGAAGGUGGCGGCUUUCCCUUUGUCUUCUUUCUUCGACAGGAUGUUGAGGACGAAUUGGUCCGCAGACUGACGGCAGAUAUAUGCAAAGGCGCUGGAGGUAUACUACCAUUAACUGAGCAGGCAAUGCCGGCCAAAGAUCGGGUUGCUGUCAAGGAAUUCAUUUCCUCAGCCAGACCACGGCCUACAAGUAUCAAACUUGUUCGCAAUCUGUUGCCAGACAAGCCCAGCUUAAAGCAAACGAUUUACCUUCUCCGUGGUCUCCUUGUCAAUCGCAUCCUGAUGAUGACGUUGAAGAAGCGCUGGAACGUUGAAUAUGGCCUUCACCCUCAACGUGACCCGAUCGCCGUCCCGUUUCAUGCCAAAGGCGUGCCUAGCGACCAGUCCGAAUGGGGUCACCCGGACGUGGCUAUUCUUUUCACCUGCCUAGCAUUUUACUAUGACGGUGUUAAUCUGUCCCAGCUUCGACAGUCUCUAGAACACAUCUUGAAAUCCGACGACCCUUCGACCGAGUACAAUACAUGGAUAAGCAGUAUAGAGAACUUUCCGCCAUCUCUCAAGGCAUGGAACUCCAUCAACGUGGAUGACGAGAUGCAGCUGUGCGAGAUAUGGAAAAUCGUCCGGUACAAUGGUGUUGUUGUCGAUUACUUUUUGAACAACUUUGUGUUCCCACGACAUGCAAAACAGUUCGAGGUGAAACUGCAGUCGAACGGCUGGGAUAUCCCUCUGUCAUCACUGGGCAUCAAUUUAGAGAAUUCGAAGAGCCCAAUGGGCAAAUCCCUGAGUACAGGAUUCAGCGGUACAAACGACAACCGAACAAUGCUGCCGCUAAACAUUGAACAGCAAGACUUGAACAGUCUUCAUCACACCAGUGCCGAGGUUCUCACAUAUCUUCUUCAUCCACGAAACCGACAUUGUAUUUUGCCGCAGGACUUACAGAAGUCGAACCUUGGAAGAGCGUCUGAAAUCGAUCUUCUCAAUUGCUUGAGGUGGAUGUCUAUCCGUAUUUUGAUUGAUGCUGGUGCACAAAUCCUAGAAAUGGACAAUAUCACUUUGGUCCGGCAAUGGCUGAGGAUUGACCACCAUGCCUUGGCAGGCUUGUAUUUUGAUGAGGACAACAAACCUUGGAUCUUGACGAGGGAAGGACGAAGAACACCUCUUAUUGCAUCCCCUUUUGCAGACGAUCUCAGCAAUUGUCUAAUCUAUCUAGAUGAGGCACACACUCGCGGUACUGAUCUCAGGUUGCCUCCUGGUGCCAAAGGUGCCCUAACUCUACGACUUGGCCAAACGAAGGAUCACACUGUACAGGCUGCCAUGCGCCUUCGGCAGCUCGGAACAACGCAAUCUAUUGCCUUCUUUAUUCCCCCCGAAGUCCACCAAAGCAUUGCUGAUCUCCAGGGCAUAACUAUGCACGAUCAAAUCGACUCGGCCGAUGUUAUACAAUGGCUUUUGGACAAUACCUGUGACCAAAUCGAACAACUACAGCCCCUGUACUACUCUCAAGGAAUGGACUAUUGCCGACGAAUGCAAGCCGCACUAGACCAUCCCAAGUUCUCAACAAUCAAGGCGGAGCGAAAGUCAUACGUGCAGGAGAUCAAACAGGACGAGAAGCAAAGCUUACAAAGCCUUUACGAACCAAAGACGAAGAGCCGUCUGCCCGGCAUGCAUACGUCGAGCAAUGAAAUUCUCAAAGGCUUUAUUCUGGAGCUCAAUGCCCGACGAAAGACAUUUCAAGACACUGGAAAAGCAGUCCACGCGUCUGCUCUACAAGAGGUAGAGCAGGAAAGAGAGGUUGCCUUUGAAGUUGAAUCUGUUCGACAGGUCAAGAAACCGCAGCAUUAUGCAGCGCUCUCCUUUCCAGGUCUCAAUGCCAGCCUCGAAGCUUUUAUCAGAACCGGCAGGCUCCCCGCAGACAACAACUACUUCGUCCAUGUAUCCCGUGCGCUUGCGAGAACUGGCAUCGGUCGCAAGUUCAAGGUGCAAUCCGAAGCCACAAAAUCCAAGCUUUUCGAAACAGUCGAAUUCGGACGAACAAUCAGGCCUCAUGGCGACCUAUCCAUGGAUAACUUCUUGCGUCCUGUUAACUGGAUUCUUUGGAGUUCGGUCGCCGACAUCGCUGUUAUUAUCAUACCCGAAGAGGCUGAGGCUCUGAUCCCUCUCAUGAGAGACCUCAAUGUCAAUGUUAACACACAUCUCCUUGUUUAUUCUGCACCGAUAACCCGGAAAAUGCUUCAGUUCAACGACAUGAGCUUCCAUAGCACACCCCCUCUGCCUUCGUCUUGGAAGGCGCCAGACUGGCUGCAGAUUGAACUGGGAAUUUACAGUGGACGGCUUUAUUUUGAAUGGGAAGAGUACUUGUCUAUGUGCGCCCAUCUUGGAAUACAGGAGGCUACUACGGAAAGUGGUGUCGAAGGGGACGGUGAAAGCCUUGAAGACGAAGUCAGCCUGGAGGGUGGCGAAGUGAGUAAGGCCACUGCACGCGAACAAAAGCAGCUUGUCCAAACUCCCUUGACCUUUUUGCAAGAGUGGCUCGCAGUCCGUCGCCGAGGCCAGGACUUUGCUCACAGCCCAAUGGGCUUUGUCAGCCAAGGCAAACGCCUACAAGAAGAUCACAUCUUCUUCAAGCAGGCCGAGCAUGUCUCUAUCGAAUGCAAUGACACCAUGGCCCCGCUCCCCAUCAGUGCUCCAACUGAUAGACACGAGAAUCAAGACGAUGGAGAAGACGGGGUGGACGACAUGGGUGCCAAUGAAGCUUGUACUGACUCGAGCGAUGAUGAGAUCGAGUACGAUGAGUCCGAGUACGGCAGCACGUCCUCGAGUGAUUGA